AUCCUUUCCUAACCUAAAUAUUAAAGACAACUUUCAAAAUGUUAGCUACAAGAUACAUAGAAUCUGGUUUAGGAGAACCCGAGCAAGAUGCAAAUACAGCUCUUACAGAACUCGACAAAGCCCUUAGGGCCACAAAAAUAGGCGAUCAAUGUGAGGCUAUUGUUCGUUUUCCUAGAUUAUUUGAAAAGUAUCCAUUUCCCAUUUUAGUUAACUCUUCACUAUUAAAACUUGCUGAAGUUUUUCGUGUAGGUAAUAAUAUUUUACGUUUAUGGAUAUUGAAAGUUUGUGAACAAACUGAUAAACAUUUAGACAAAAUUUUAAAUAUUGAUGAGUUUGUUCGACGUAUUUUCAUUGUGUACAGUUCUAAUGACCCAGUAGCUCGUGGAUUGGCUCUUAGAACCCUAGGAGCCGUUGCUAGAAUUAUUCCUGAAAAAGAACAAGUCCAUCAUGCUAUUCGCCAAUCUUUAGAUAGUCAUAAUUCAGUGGAAGUUGAUGCUGCAAUUACAGCAGCUAUGCAGUUUGCAGCUCAGAGUAAAACAUUCGCUGUGUCGAUGUGUGGUAAAAUGUCAGAUAUGAUAGAAGGACAAGCCACUCCAGAUAAUAGGAAACUACAGUUGAUUCCAAUUCUACAAUACAUGCAUCAUGAUGCCAAAACGGCUGCUUUAGUUCGUACACUUUGUUUGAAUUUACUAUCAAAAUAUCCUGCUGAGGAAUUUAUCAUAACAACUUUAGAAUCUUUAACGCAAUUAUCAAUAUCAACAAUGGUUGAUGUGCCUGCCCUUUCAUUGCUACUUCUAUACCUUAAAGAUCCUAGAACUUUAGUUAGAUCUAGAACGCUGCAAUGCUUAAAGAUCUUGCAAAAUAUCAGCGCAAGAGAAAAAUCUAAGAUCUUAAUGGUACUUUUAAAAUUAGCCGAUAGUCCUGUAGGAUGCCAAGUAAAGAUAACUGAAUCUGAUCACUUACAGACGUUAUUGCUUGAUUCAUUAGUUCAUCCAAAUGGAGAGACAAGCUGCUGUGCUUUAGAAGUUAUUACAUGUAUUUUAGGGCAUUAUUAUAAAGAAAAUAAAGGGGCAGAAUUAAAAUUACAAAUAGUUGAAUAUAGCAUAAAGAAUCAGUUAGAAGUUCAGUUAGUAACAGCAAAAACUGAAAAUAUUUUAGUGCGAAUAUUAAAAUGUGCCGUUCAGCUUGCUGCUUUAAGUGAAAACUAUUCUAAGUAUUUUACUAAAUUAUGUUCGACACAAAGAGCAAAUGAAAAAACUUUGGAGACAGUUUCAUUAUGGUCUAAAUAUAAAAUUGCUCGAUGUUGUGCAAGAUAUGGACAUCAUGAGAUGAGCUUUCCGUUGUGGAAAUGCUUAUCAGAAGAAGUAUGGUCAGAACAUUCACAUUUCUGGUUUGAUGCCCUUUACGAAAUGUCUCUGGGAGAAUCCAUUUUGCAAGGAGCAGAAAAUUUAUUAGAACAAGUAGCGCUCUUAUGCGCGGCACCAUUCUGCAUGCCUAGAUUUUUCUUCCAGGUUCUUCGUACUUCGUUGAAACUGAAUAUCACUCCUGUCCCCAGAGUUCAAGGAGAACCCAUAAAUCAUGUUCCAAAUACCCAUCUAGUAGUAAAAGUUGAAGGUAUAGUCCAAUACACACUGGCGGCAAAAUACUUUCGCACAGUGGCGCAGAUACAUCUAACAUUGAAUUCAGUGCUCCAAACUAAGCUGGGCGCAAAUAUUGAUGUAAAGCCAUCAGAUGCGAGUCAAUUUUUAUCUCAGACUGUUAAGCCUAACCAUGACUAUUUCUCGAAGUUUUUUGUUGACUUAGGAAAUCCAGGAUUAUGGGUAGCAAAUAUCGAAGCAACUAUCAUCGAUGAAGAUGAAGUUUGGAAGAACGGCUGCAAGGGUUCACUUACAAUUAAAGUUUUGGAUGAUUCAUCUAAAAACACAUCAGGGUCAGUGACUAAUAGAAGAUAA